AUGGAAACGAAGACCUUUGGGGUCACACCACAUUAUCUAGCUGUUCCACAGAGAAUUUCUGAAUUACCCAAAUCUAUCGACAAUCUUACAGCAAGUAUGGUUAAAGAGAAUACGGAUGACUAUUCUCCGUUACUAAUGGCUGUAAUGAAUGGUCACCUUGGUGAAGUACAAAGCCUAGUCAGUCAAGGGGCGAACGUGAAUCAGGGUACCGCUGAAGGCUGGACACCGUUAAUGAUUGCAGCAAAGACCGGCAGAGUGGAGAUGUUGACAUUUCUCAUCGAUCAAGGGGCUGAGAUUAAAAAGUCUGUUACAAGACUGACUGCUUUACACUUUGCUGCUUUCCUUGGUCAUCUUGAUGCUAUCAAAUAUCUGAUCAGUCAAGGGGCUGAUGUGGAGGAAGGAAAUGAAAAUGGUUGGACUGCAUUUCACAUUGCUGCCCUGAAUGGUCAUCUUGAUGUCACCACAUAUCUGAUCAUUCAAGGGGCUGAGAUAAACGAAGGAAAUAAUGAUGGUGGGACCGCAUAA